AGUCUUUAUAAAGUGUUGCUCGUUGGAUCACGUUUAAUCCAAAGAAAUUUUCAGUUCUGUUUGUGAAGUCACAAGGUUUAAACGGUUUUGAAAGAACUUCAUUUUAUUUUUUGUUUUCAAGUGUUUAUAAGUUCAGAUAUCGUGAAGAUGAUAUCGAUUUGGAAGAUUUUAUUCUUCGCGAGUGUAUUUGUUUCAUCAUUCAAUGCUAAAACAUUGAAUUCUAGACAAACAAACUUGUUAGCAGUUGAGUUUGAUCAAGUUAUUCCACCUGAUGGUUCUUCAAAUCCAUUUUCACAACGAGGCUUUGGAGGAACAUGGAUUUCAGGAAAUGAAUUUACGUUGACUAGUGGAGGUUUAGUCGCUCUUAACAUAGAAACAAAUUUCAAUGAAACUAUCUUAACAAGUGAAUAUAUAAACGGACAAGGAUGGAGAAGUCCAACAUUCCGAAUCUCUCCAGAUCGAGCAAGAAUUCUCGUUCGUUAUGAUCAAAGGCAAAUCUUCCGUCAUUCUACUGUUUCCAGGUUUUCAGUUAUUGUUCCAGGUUCAACUGAACCUGAGUUUAAAAUUGCUAAUGGCGACGAAAUUCAAACAGCAUUUUUCUCACCAACUGGAAAUGGAAUCGCUUACAUUCAAGACAACAACGUUUACUAUUUGACUACUGAUGCACUUGAAGUGACUCAAACAAUCACCAAUGAUGGAGUUCCUGGUAUUAUUUAUAAUGGAGUCCCCGAUUGGGUUUAUGAAGAAGAAGUUUUAGGAGGUGAUGCUGCAAGUUGGUUCUCACCAAAUGGUGAAAGAUUAGCUUUCAUUCAAUUUGAUGAUCGUGAAGUAAAAGAAGCAAUUUAUGACCUUUAUGAUGGGCGUCAAUAUCCCGAGGAAAUCCAUUUAAGAUAUCCAAAAGUCGGCUCAACAAACCCAAAUGUCAUCUUAUAUCUUUCUAAUUUAUCGAUUGGAAGUCGACAAGCUUUACCAAUUCCAACAACAAUUGUCACCAAUGAAUAUGUCUUAGGAAGGGUGUUUUGGAUCAAUGAUGAAACUUUAGGUGCGAUAUGGAUGAAUCGACGACAAAAUCGUGGCGUUUUAGUGACCUAUGAUGCAACGACUACUGUCAUGAGUGAGAUUUUUGAGAUCAACGAACCAAAUGGUUGGAUUAAUGUGAAUACGCCAAGAUGUGACGAUUUAGGUAGAUGUCACUUCAUUAAUAAUAAUAACAAUUGGCCGUCAAUCGUGAGAGUUGAUACAUCAACAAAAGCUUAUGAAUAUGUCAUAAAUCGGAAUGUCGUAACACUCUAUGGAGUCACAAACGAAGCAGUUUACUACACAGCAGCACCAGAUGAUGAACCUCAGAAUUUACAUAUUUAUUCAUCCAACGAUUGUUUAUCAUGUGACGUUGUAGGUCCCGAUGGAAAUUUCUGCGAAUAUGCUACAGCUUCAUUCAGCACAGACUUUUCUCAUUUCACAAUGUUUUGUUCUGGUCCCGGUGUUCAGUUUGUCAAGAUAUUUAAGACAGAAGGGAAACAAGAAUUGGUGGCAUGGGAAGAAAAUGCAUCGUUGAGAGACUUUUUGCAGAGUUACGAUCUACCACAAAUCAAAUUUUUAAGAAUGCCAGUUGAUGGUGGUUUUGAUGCAAGUGUCAAAAUGCAAAUUCCAUCUCAUAUUGACUUUGAUGGUGAUUCAACAACAGAGAAAUAUCCAAUGCUUGUACGAGUUUAUGCUGGUCCGAUUUCCGUUAGAAUAUUGAAUACUUUUGCAGUAGGUUUUCAAACUUACCAAGUAACGAAGGAAAAUAUUAUUUAUGUUGAAAUUGAUGGACGUGGAACAGGGCGGAAGGGAGUCGAUAUGAUGUUUACAGUCAACAAUCGACUUGGAACUGUCGAUGUUGAAGAUCAAAUCGCUGUUACAAAACUUUUGAUUGAAAGAUUUAAAUUCAUUGAUCCAGAAAGAGUUGGCAUAUGGGGAUGGAGUUAUGGCGGAUAUGCAACUGCAAUGGCGCUAGCGAAAGACACGGAAAUGGUUUUCAAAUGUGGUGUUAGUGUUGCACCUGUCACAUCUUUCAGAUUCUACGAUACAAUUUAUACAGAACGUUACAUGGGAAUAGAUCCAAAUGCAACCAAUUAUCUUGAAGGUGAUACAUCAACACCUGACCAUAUUGACAUGAUUGGCAAGCAUGAUUUCUUCUUGAUUCAUGGGAAUGCUGACGACAAUGUUCAUUACCAAAACUCAAUGGUUUUGGCAAGAGCUUUAGAAAGAAAAGAUAUAAUGUUUGAUCAGUUGAGUUAUCCUGAUGAAGCGCAUUCGAUAUCAGGAAGUCGAGGUGUUCAACGUCAUUUGUAUCAUGCAAUGGAUAAAUUUUGGAAGAAAUGUUUUAAAUUAUAAAUUAAUCUGUCAUGAAAUUAAACAUCAAAUGUAGAAAAUGAAAUCAUUUAAUAAUGAUAAAGUUUUAAAAUUUUGAUUAUUUAAUUUAGAAUAGAAAAAUAAAUUACAGUCAAAUGAAAAGUCUAC